AUGAGCGGCCAGGGGUUUGGUCCGGGGAGCCCCAAGUCCUUCCGCUACCCCACCAGAGCCGUCAACGGCGGCGACUUCGACCUCGUGGCCGGGAUCUCCCGCAAGGGCCGCAAGCCCAAGAACCCGCACCUCGAGGCCACCGUCGCGAUGCGGUUCCGCCACUUCUACGAAGCGCACCCCGUGGCCGUCGCCGCCGCCCUGCUCUCCGCCGGGCUCGCCGCCCUGACGACCUCCUCGUCGUCCACGCCGCGCCACGCCGAACUGCGCAGGAAGCACCCCACCUGGACGCCCCCGCCGGUGGCCGCGUACGCGCUCGCGUUGGCCUCGCCGAUCACCUGCACCAGCCCGGCCUCGGGCUUGCCCCGGCAGCGGCGGCCGCCCACGAGCACCACGGCUUCCACGGCGUCCGCAGCGCCCCGCUGCUCCUCGGCCGCGAAGAGCCCCGCCGCCGCGCACCAGAGGGCGGUCGACGCCGCCAGCGGCAGGAGCGAGGCCGCGGCGCGCGGGACUGCCGCCGCCGUGGCGCCGCAGCACAGGAGCACGGCGACGGCGAGGCCGGCCGCGAGCGCCCCGGGAUAG